UGACCUUUGCCACCUUAUGACCCUUAACCCUUCAACAUGGUGGACGACAAUGCACAGGAACAUGCCGCAGUCAGAAAUAUUUAAGAUUUUCUUUAUUUUAGAUGUCCGUUGAACAAUUUGCACAACUAACAUGAAGCCAGAUCAACACAAAAAGAAGAGGAGUGCACAAUAUAAGAAGAAACAUGGCAUCCAAGACAAAGGCAAGGACAAUAAAGGGAAAGACGAAGACACGUCGUCAUCCAAGUCUUCCUCCUCCAGCGCCGCCAGCCGCUCGAAAUCAUCACAAGUACACCGGGAAGGAAAUAGGGACAACGACUCGGGCAGAGGCAGAGACGACAAAAGGGAAGGGGCCAGAAAAGUAGCAGAUUCAAGCGAUGAAUCCUCCCAUUCAGAAGAAGAAUCAGGGGUAGGCAGUACCUACUCCAGGCGAAUGGUACUGAGUAACUGGGACAGGUAUGAAGCACCACUGCCACUCUACGAUGACAGAAGUGACGUGACACUGAGGGGUGCAGACUUCAGAUCCCUUCUCGCCACAUCAGGUGAGGCUGAAGCACAGUUCAGGUUUGAGGAUGAGAAGGACUGGGAGGCUGAUGAUGCUGGAGAAACACAGCUGCCUACAGGAGGUGGCCUGUCCCUGGACUGUGACCUCCUGGCAGUGUCUCUUCAGGCCAUCCCUCUACACAGGAGACUCAACAUCAGCCCAGACUCACUUACGGAGGAUAUAGUAGAGAGGUUCAAUGAAGAAGCAGCCAGCCAUGCUUCAUGUGAGCAGCAGACCCUUCAUCCCACUCCCCUCAAACCCAGGUUGUCCAUCACUGAGGCUACAGCAUCCAGCAUCCUGGACAAUCUUCUCAGGAGGGUGGAGCACAAACCCCUGCAACUCAACCUGGAUGUGUCCCUUAAUCCCAAACAGCAAAGCAAGUCUGUUGAUGUCUUAAAGUUUGACUUCUCAGUGCCUGCUGCUUCCUCCGAGGAAGUGCCUGUUGCCUUAGUCGGGUCACCUGACCUACAAACAGAUCAGGACACUGAAGAGAGUGCAGUGGCCAGUGAUGAGGCUAUGGACAGACCUGUAGAGGACACAAUGUCAGACAGAGGACAGGAUGAGUUGGAUGAUGAGUUAGAUGUUCUCCUGUCACUGGACUCUGCUACACAUCCAGAUAUAUCCAUCACAGACAGCAGAAAAGAAGAUAACAUCAUAAACAAUGUUAAAAAGGAAGAUGAAGGAGAUCAGCCAAAUGAAGAGGAAGUAAAAGACCCCAAGGAGGAUGAAAUAGUGGAUCCUACUAAGAAACAAGAUGUAGUUCCCCAGCCAAAGGAGGAGACAGUAGACUUGGAAGACUGGUUGGACAGUGUUCUGGAUGACUGACUUCUCAAAAUAUCUCAAAAUGCUGAAAGUCACACUGCAGAAAAUCACACAUGAAUUCAUCACAACUUUCCCUGGUUAUGACAGACGAAUGCACAAGUUUUAUAUAUAACAAACCUAGUGGCUUACAUGAAUAUUGAAUUCACAAUAAGCAAUAAAUGCCCAGCUGCUCUAUGAAAUGGUAUUAUGUGCCUGUGAUGCGCCAGUGAAUAUCCUGAAGCAACGAGACAGUAUGUCAUUCCUUGUGCAGCUAAUGCACUGUUGAUUGAUGGAGUUUCAGUUUAUUCCACUUGCAGUCACCAGUAAAACUGACAGAUAGAAAGGCAUGUCCAACCACAACCACAGUACUUUUCUAAGGCUAGAUUUGGUUUUGGGACUCCAGUAUUUGCCAGAUUUCAAUAUUACAUGUAUGUUUUGUGGACAUGUACAUGUAUGAUGUAGCUGCCAAGCCAAACACAGGCAGCUUUACCGUUCUGAUUGCUUGGAGGUUGCUCCAUUAAGUACUUGUAGUUUCAAUGUUACUUUGCAUGCAAAGCUUCCUUUCACCACCAGCUCCUAAAAUGUGUAAUCCUCCCUAUCAUGGCGGAGUGUUGCCUGUGGUCACUGACCUGCAUAGCUUAUACACUUUCAAAGUCAACGGGAAGUUUUCCAAGGACAUGGGAGGGAAAGUCUUAUUAGUAAAUUCAUUUGCUUUGGGACAUACACGUAUCAGAGGUAAUGUGGGGGGUACGGUAGAAUUUGAAAUUGGAAAAGCCUCAUGGGCCUAACAACACAUGGGUCACAGACAAGGAUGUGUUGACACUGUUACUGGCAGUCUUUAUGUAGAUCUGUUGCCAAGAAUAUUUUAUUUUUGCUACCCUGUCAUUACAAAGGUAUAGCUUGAAUGAAAAGGCCAACAUCUGAUGAAAUCUCAGUAUCUCAACAAUUAUAACUAGUGGUAAUAAUGACUUCAUUAAAGGCAUGCCAAUGUAAAAUUCUGUCUUGUAUGUGUCCUUUUUUGCGUUCCUUUAAUAAUAAAUUGUUCCAACAGUUGA